AUGGUUUUAUACAAGAGAAAACCAAUAAUUCUUCCAGAUCCGCUACCUCUACCGGCUGACCUCAAUGUUUAUGUGUGGCAUAUUGAUGAAACUGGAGAAUGGUUUUAUUCUUAUGAAGAAUAUUUAAGAAGAUUGGAUUUUUAUAUGAGACACCAUUUCACAUGUGAAAUUACUGGUACUUCGUGUCUAACCUUUUUCCAAGCUUUAGAUAGUGAAGAAGCACAAUUUAAAUAUGUCGAAGAAAAAUUCCCAUUGAAACUUAGAGAACCAGUAGCAAGAUUUUUGCAUUUCAACGUAAUUAAAAGAUUAGAUUCUCUAGUGGAACAGGUGUACGGAAAGUUUAAGAAUGAUUACUUCCCAGGGGAAGUAGUAUAUUUGCGUAGGCCCAAAGAUUUAAACCCAGCGGUUGGAGCUGGAGCUGCUACUGUCUCUACUAUAUCAUCGUCAUCAUCGUCAUCACAUAAUCCUACAACAAGUGGAUUAGAUGCUACUGGCCAACCACAAUAUCAAAGUCCUUACAUUGUAAAAGAGAAGGCGCAAUUUAACGCAACAGUAGAUCCACGAACUGGCUCUGUAUUGGUUCCAGGUCAUUGUAAAUAUAUGCUAAUCGAGGAUGAUAACCAUUUGUAUGAAAAUGGACAACGUUCGCAACCAACUCGGGAACCUACUGGAAAAUCUAUCAUCGUAGAUCAGUCUCAGAUAUACAGAGAUAGAUCAUCUUUUACUAAACACCUUAUUAAAUGUUUCUUCAAGAUUACACUUCAUAAAGCGUCUUCGAAAACUGGUGCUCCUUGGUCUGUGAAACCAGAAUAUUUGAGUAUGUAUGGACUAACAAUGAAUUGGCCACCCGAGUUGGUUCAAUAUAAGGAUGACGAACCUGCAAUCGAAGAAAUUUCUGUUUUAGAAGCUCCUGUUGACGAAACUAAUGGAGAUAGUAAGAAAACUAAAGGAAAAAAUAAAAGAAAGAAAGACUCUGAAUCUAAUGAAAAUGAUAUUGAGGAUGAAACGAAUGGAAAAUCUAACAAGAAGAAGAAACCUAGUAAUAAUGAUAUUCCGGAUGUUGAAAAUGUUGCUGUGAAGACCGAACCAUCUAUCGAACCACCUGUUGUGCUAAAUACAAUUAUAGAUGAUCUAGAAAUACCUUUCAAACAAGACGAGGAACCAUUUAUGGCUAAUUUACAGUAUUACAACAACAACCUGGAAAGUGUACAUUUAUCAGAUAUCACUACAAAUCCUCUCCAUAAUCUUCCUCAUUUCGAAAGAGUCUUACAAAUAUACCAAUUUUUGAUUAGUUUUAGCGAUACAUUACUGUUAUCAAGAUUUAAUUUUGAUCAAUUUAUCACUUCUAUUAAGUGUACAAAUGGAUAUGAACUAAUCGGAGAAGUCGUAGAAGUUUCUGUUCAAAAAGAAAUGGAUUCAAAAAUUGAGUCUAUCGAAAAUGGUGAUGGCGAGAACGGUUCUGAAUCUGAUCAGUCGGAGGAUGGAAACAAUAGUGAUAUGGAAUCUGAUCCAAUAAGUGAUUGGAAUAGAAACUCCAAAAUUCGUAAAAUGAUUGAAGCAAAAACAUUGAAUUCAAAUGAACCUUUAAAAUACGAUAUAUUAAAAAAUGACCCAGCAUCGGAUGAUGUUAUUGAUGACGUGAAUAAUAACGGUUCGGCUAUUCUCGUGGAGUCCUUUGUGUCGUUACUGUCAUUAUUUAUUAAUGAAAAGGGGGAAUGGAUUACAAUUGUCUCUGAAGAUUGGUAUGACUUGCCCCAUGAAUUUCCAGAGAUAAUAGUCGAUGAAGAAGAGAAGGCAACGAUUCAUGGAGUUCAGAAUAAUAUGAAAACAGAAAAUGAAGACGAUACAAAAGAUAGUCCAAAAGAAGGUGAACAAAAAAUUAAUAAAGAUGAACAUGAACAGGAGAGUUCUGAUGAUGAAAUGUCUGAAGAAGAGGAACGUGUAGAAAAAUGUUUGAAUUUCCGUAACGUACAUUGGAGUGAAAGACUGACAAAAAGACAAUUCAGCAACCAUUUUUGGUUGAUUAUUUUACUAGGUAUUUUCCAAGAUAGUUCAGCAGUGCCAAAAUACACGAAGUUUAUCAAGCUCGUCACCGAAAAAUUAAUUCCGGCACAUAUAUCUGCCUCACACUUACCAAAGCAGUUAUGGAGAAACUUCUGUCGCGAACUCUCCUUUUCCGAAAAAAUUGAAGCGUUAUGGGUAUUAGUAGAUAUGGUCACACAUUAUUCUCAGGAUAUCAAACAAGCUGUUGAUGACUCCCUAGAGCUAUCUAACCAAAUUAGAUCUGAAAAAUUUAAAAUAGCUAGAGAAAUUAAAAGUUUGAUCUCUGAGCUAUGUAAAAUUAACUCUGAUACAGAUGUUCAACAAUAUAGGGAUCUCCAGGCUAAAAUCGAUAGCCUUCAAAACGAUAAGACAUUUUUAGAAAAACAAAUUUUAGAAACUGAACUACAAAGAUUAAAGCCGCUUGGUGUAGACCGUUAUGGUAAUCGUUUCUUUUGGUUUGGUCUUUCAGGUGUACCAGUAAAUACAUAUACGGAGGAAGAAUUAAAUGAAAACAAUACUGAACUCAAUUAUUCCACGGGUAGAUUAUUCAUCCAAGGACCAUCAAGACAAAUGGUAAAAUAUCUUUUAAAGAUAUCAGACGAAGAAAUAAGUAAUUGGAAAUGGAUAAGUGAAAAGGCUGGUAAAACUUCUGCGACAAAGGAAGUCUUCCAAGUUUAUAGGCGUGAGGAUGGUUCUAUGUGGCAUAUUAGUCCUGAAAAUAAUGGUGUUGAAGUUGAACUUCUAUCUAACAAAGGGAAAUUAAAUUCUUCAUUUGAAUUAUCAAAUAUUCAAAAGAUGAUAUUAGACGAAACACCUGAGUAUCUUCUAUUAGAUGAUGAAAUGUGGUACUCUGUUAACAAUGUUGAUGAUUUAGCUUCGAUACUUAACAGACUCAAUAUUUGGGGUAGAAGGGAGCACGACCUUUUAAGACAAUUUAGAAACACCACCUUGGAUAUCGAGAACACUAUGCUUGUACGAAACAAAAUUUUAAAUCCACCUGAGUUCAGCAAUGAAGAAAAUGACUUACUUGAGGAAUUAAAUAAGAACGCACUAACGACCACUGAACUUCUGGUAGGUAAAGAAGGACAGAACAAAACAACUUUCGAAAACAAGGAAAAAACCAAAGAAGAAGUUGAUGAAGAUAGACUCGAUAUCGUAGAAGUAAGAUUAGAUGAAAUUGCAGAUGAGAUUAUGAAUCUAGAAGAUUCUUCAAAAACGCGAACCAUAUUAACUCAAAUCAAAUCUCUAGAAGAUGAAAGGGAUGAACUCUUAGAAGAGAAAGAACAAAAGAAGAACCUACAGAGACCAGGUGGACGUAUCUUAGCCCGCUCUGAAAAAAGGAGAAAUACAAUCUCUAGAGACAACAAAUUGUCCAAACAAUCGGAGUUACUUACUGAUCUUAUAAAUUACAGACAUUUCAAAGCUAUGGAGGAUGUCAUACGAUGGAAGAAUAAUAUCGCAAUAAAACGUUUUGGAUCAGAAUUGAGAAAGUCUACUUCUAGCAAGAAAAAUUACAGUAUGAAGGAAUUAGUACCCACGAUAUCUGAGAAAAUGGAAAAUAUUUUAAAAGAAUUAGAUUCAAUGAAAUGA